GCAAGUGCAGUGGUGAAUAAGUUUUUGUUCCUUGCGGUCUGAAAAUAUUGUUUUGUGACACGCAAUUGUGCCGGGAAAAACGCGGGAAAUGCCUCUGUCGAGGGAAAUACACUGUUUUGUUUUGAGAUGACGUUUUCCGUGGAUUUGGCGUGCUUUUUUAAUCGCAGUGGGAAUUGUUGGAGCUUUGUGAGGGGCGGGAAAAAUGCUGGCGAGUGUAUCAUGCCGGAUAAUGACGAUAUUUGUGGGUGUGUCGGAAUUAUGUUUUAUGUCGGCGCCCGUAGGCCAGUGUUUCUAUUGCUGCCCACUAGAAGAUACGGACAUCCAAUACAAACUCUUCACAAGAGCCAAUCGUAGGACGUUCCAAAUAAUUCCGGUUGGCGACAGUGCGGCUCUGCGCAGUACUAACUUUGACCCAAGGAAUCCCACUGUUAUAUACUUGAUGGGCUUCUCCGAGGCCACUACAGGAGUCAGCACGACCACGCUCAGAAACGCUUAUUUAUCGAGAGGCGAAUGCAAUUUCAUAGCAGUGGAUUGGGCACGGCUCAUUGCUUUUCCAUGGUAUGCGGCAGCAGUAAAAAAUACCCGCUACAUGGGUCAGCAGCUGGCGACCUUCGUGGAGUUUCUGGAGAGAGAGGGCAUCAGGGCUUCGUCUCUGCAUGUCAUUGGAUUCUCAUUAGGAGCUGAGGCGGCUGGAUUUGCCGGGAAGGAACUGAGAAGGAGGGGGUUGAGAUUAGGGAGGAUCACAGGUUUGGACCCGGCAUAUCCAGGUUACAAGUUGACUUCCAACGACGGGCAUCUGGCGCGAGGGGACGCCCUUUUCGUCGACGUCCUACACACCAAUCCUGGAGUCCUGGGAUUCCCCAAAGCUAUAGGAGACGUGGACUUUUACCCCAACUUCGGGGAGUGGGUCCAACCCGGCUGCUGGAUCGACGAGCUCAUUGUCAAUAAGGAACUUGAUAAAUUUUAUGGUUGCAGUCACAACCGGGCGUGGAGGUUUUACGUAGAAUCCAUUGAAAACCCCACUGGUUUCCCGGCCACACUGUGUCGGGAUUGGAGAGGCGGAUCCUGUAGGUUUACUAUCAACGGGUACAUGGGAUUUGCUGCUCGACCGCCAAUGGCCGGCAGGAUGUAUCUUCAGACAAACAGAAUAUCGCCUUAUGGUAGAAACGGACCAUAGAUGUAUACCACCUACUAACAAAAUAUAGUAAUUUACGAGUGUUACAAGCAUUCACAUAAAAAAUAGGAUAUCAGACCUUGGGUUCCGUGGCUUGUCGGCAGAGGAAACACCCAAGAAAACGCACAAAUGAGAGAGAGAGAGAGAGACAAGCAGUUUUGUGAUACAGGCUGUGCCAAAGAGUAAUUAGCACUAAUUUAGUUCGGCCAUGCACACUUCAAUAUUAGAUAUCUAAUUAUAUGUAAUUAUCGACAUCUAUUUAUAGAUUUAAAAAGUAAGCUAAGGGGUAAGCUAUAUAAAAACAUUUUGGGGAUACUUUGUUGUAAAUUAAAUUUUAACUAAAUAGUUACGGUGGUGAUAACAUUUAUUUAAUUCUUUAAGGGGUAAGAUAAUAGAUAUACUUAGGCUCGCUUAGGGCCAACACUUUGAGGGUAUCAUUAUUAAUAAACAUAACUAUCUAUUUCUAUAGACUGAAGGAUAGCAAAUAUUUUUUCAUGCCAUUUUCAUUAUUACAGAAACCAAAUAAUAAUAAUAAUACCUACUUUAUUAAAAAAAGCUAUGUUUAUAAAUAAUUAUAAGCCUUAUUUACUAGAAUGUUUGUGUUUCGUUAGCUUACUUUCUAGAUAGAAAUUUGCGUUUAGAAGUCUUUAGUUUAAGGACAAGUGCCAAUAAAAC